AUGAAUUAAUAUAAUUAGAACCCUUAGGAGAUAUAGUUUAAUUAAUUUAGCGAAGAACCUAGCGAUCAACUUGAAAAUGAAAAAGUUCAUAUUGAACAUCAGCAAGAUCCUAAUCGUAAUCGUACAAAUUCUUAGGAAGAACAGUAAAAUCAGAAUCAAAUAAGUUUACCUUCCAAUUUAAAUGAACAUCAAAUUCAUGUUCAAAAUUUUUAUUAAUCUGAAAACAGUAUUAAUCCAGAUUAUAAUCAAAAUCAGAUUAAUCUAAUGAAUGAUCAUCAAUAUAAUGAUAUCCAUAAAAAUUUUGGCUCAGACGAUAUUAAUAAUGCUCAUGAUAAUGCAAGAUUUUGUGAAACUUAAGAUAAAAUGAAUAAUGUUAGUGAGAAUUCAGAAUGUGAUGAACCUUAACCUUAACCUCAAUCUCAACAUCAACAAAAUAAUUCUGGUGAAGGCCAUGAUUACAAAGGAGGAAAUGAAAAAGAUAAGAAGGCUAAUAGAGGAGAAACAAAAUUUAAACAAGCUUUAAGUAAAUUAGGAAUGAAACCAGUUUAUGGAAUAAACCGAGUUACAAUUAAAAGAGGAAAAUAAUAUCUACUUUAUAUUGAUAACCCAGAAAUAUUAAAAUCAGUGAAAGUUAAUAAUUCCUAUAUUGUAUUUGGAGAAGCUAAAGUUCAUGAUCCAACAAAUUAAAUUGGCAAAUAAGAAUCUAAAAAUUUAGCUUAAUAAGUGUAAAAUUCUACUAUUUCAUCUUGGCUUAAAAAUAAUGAAAAUAAAAAAUAAAAAUUAAUUUAAAAACCAGAAUAAAUAAGUGACGAAGGUAUUCCACCUGAAUCUAUUAAAAUGGUCAUGGAGCAUUGCAAAUGUGAUAAAAGAAAAGCUAUUGAAGCUCUUCAAAAAUCUGAUUAUGACAUAGUUCAAACUAUUCUUACCUUAACUGGAUGA